AUUUAAUAGAAAGUGAAAUGUAACUUAUGAUAUAACAAGUUGAAAGGUGAAAUUAUGUGGCGUUGGUGUUGCGCGCGGAUCAGUUACACUCCAGUAGGGAAAGUGUACAAGUCGGUGGCUCGUUCCCACUAAAACUAAACUUUUUUAUCGCUUGUUAUUGUUUUGUUCUCGUAAGUGUAUCGCAAUGGCUUUGAUACUAGGUUCUACUGUUUGUUUAUCUGUGGUGGCUGAAUGUGAGUACAGACCACACUACCGCAGGAUGUCAGCACCAGGAUUGACCUCUGAGGCCCAGUUGCGGUACAUCUUGCAGUGGUUCGGGGAGUUCAGUGAGCUUCAGCGGGAGGACUUCCUGCCAGUGCUGGCUGCUGCAAGGGGGGACAAACCAGACCAGCUGGCAGCUUCACUAGCCACUAUAGCCUGCCAUGAUAAGCCUGUCAGCCUGUUCCAAUGCCGGAUUAAACUCUUCAAUGAGUGGUUCCCGACAUGGGCAGAGGAGGAACAAGACAGAGUGAUCAAAGGAGUCACUGAAAUAGAUCCUGACUUUGGAACCAAACUCCAGGACUUACUGACUAAUGGUCCCCAGCUGAAUGGAGACCAGAAUGGGACGGACGAACUGCACUCACCAGUCCCGGAGGAGGAGAGUAAGACUGAAGAAAGUGAGACUUGGAACGGAGGAAAUGGGGAAGCAGCUGAAGAAAGCACUGAACAAGUUGUCCAAGACAACAUUCCCGUUGAAAUUGCAGCUGCAUCUUAAAAUAACACACUAUUUUUACGUUUUUAGUAUUAUUUUACAAAGAAGCAAAGUUUUUUUAUCACUUUUGUGUUUAAAAUAGCAUAGUUUACACAAUGCAUUAUUUGCAAAUUGCAUUUUAUUAUAUACACGUAUUAUUGAACAAAAUUGCAAUAUGUCCCAAAUAAGUAUUAUUUACGAAAUCUUUUGAUAAAGGGAGACGGAAUCGAUUUUCGUGUCUUGCCAUAAUCGGAAUGGUAUUGUAAAACGUAAGAUAUUAUGACUGUAAUAAUAUUAAAAACAUUCCAUUUAAUUCAUUCCAAGAAAAAAAAUAUAUAUUGAGAAUGCGACAACUUUUUAUGAAUCUCAUUUUUCUAUUCUUUCUUAUUUUCUGUGUGUAUUUCGAAAUCAUGUAUGUACCUAUGAUAAAGUAUAUUUUUAUUAUUAGAUGUAAGAUGAAUAUUGAAGUGUCAUAAUCAUGUAUGUAUUAACCUAUUUUUGCAUUGUAUAUCCCUAUUGCCAUGAAAUUUAAUGUUCUAUGAAUAUUGUAUUCAACCGAGUUUGAUGCUAAAAACCAACAGUUUUUAAAACUGUUUGAUUGGAACUAUGUAUACUUACUCUGUCAUUUUCUCUUUACCUCUAUGUCUGAUUAGAUGUUAUUUAUAAGUAUUAACACGGGUGUCCAUGCGGAAAGAUUGUAAUGAGCACCCUCUCCUGAAACGCUAACAAAUUGAAACAAAAGCCAAAUAUUGAAUGAUCCUCGGUUCGUAGAUCGUGGGAGCGAGGACAGGAGGAAGUACAAACAUAAUAAUACGUGCCAAGAUUUAAUGAGUAGGUAUAUUUCAUUGUUUAUAGAAGUAUAUUCCCCUAUGUUCACAAAAAGUAAUAUAUUUCAGUAGUUGUAUUCAUUUGUGAUGGUCUGAAGUGUGAGUGAUAGAAGGUGCUGGCGGGGACCGGGGCGUGACUAGAAGGAGGCCAUUUAUACAUCUAAUUAUAAAUAAAUUAUUUACUUAAUACAAAUUUUAUUAUAAAUG